UAUUCUUACUAUUAUUAUUAUUUUUAUUAUUUAUCGUUAUCGUUUCAAGGGAGAAAAAGGGGGAAAAGAAAUAAAUACCCGAGCGCUCGCCGCGACGACGCUCUGAACUAUGUAACGCUGCAGCUUUAUCCGACGACGAUGAUAAUAAAAAAAACUAGCGUUAGCGGAUCCCUUAUCUCUCCGUCUCUCUCUCGGCGUUCGGCGUACAUAUCGUCYGGUCGUCGGUGUUGUUGUURUUAUUAUUAUUACUAUUAUCAUGGUUAGUCGUUACCGCACGGCGAUGACGGUAUUAUUGAUGUAAUUAUUAUUAUUGUUUUUGUUGUUCCGCAUGCACGCGCGCAACGCAUCGCCGCCGCGCGAUCUUCGUCUUGCCGGCACAUCGUUCGUCCGACGGCGUUUCGCUCGGUGAACGUGCGCGUGCCAAAUUCGACAGAUCCGGUCGUCUGUCCGGUCCGCGUGCCUCAGGCUCCGAGGACGUCCGCCGAUCGUGAUCACGUCGUGUUGACGUCCGUUGACAACUGUGGCCCAUUUUCAAUUUAUAAUAAUGGAAAAACAAAAUAAAUGUAAAGCUUAAUUAUGGUGUCAUACUCAGAUAGUGUAACAUCUAAUUUAACGGCAAUCGCCAAUAAUAAUAUUCAACAAACAGAUCAAGCAAUAUUUGAAGCUGAUAAAAGAGCUGUUUAUAAACAUCCACUUUUCCCCUUACUAGCAUUACUUUUUGAAAGAUGUGAACAAGCUACUCAGUCAGCAGCCAUUUCAAAUUCAGAAAGUUUUAAUAUGGAUAUACAAGCUUUUGUUCAACAUCAAGAAAGAGAUAKAAAACCAUUUUUAAUUAAUGAUACAGAAAUUGAUGGACUGAUGAUUAAAGCUAUUCAAGUAUUACGAAUACAUUUAUUAGAACUAGAGAAAGUUCAAGAAUUGUGCAAAGAUUUUUGUAGUAGAUACAUAACAUGUCUCAAAAUUAAAAUGCAAAGUGAAAAUUUAUUGCGUUCUGAUUACACAUCUGGUUACUUAGAAAAUAAUAGCAGUGGCAAUUCAAGUAAUAGUAAUUCUCCAUUAUGUCACUCUCCACACCAUAGUCAGGUGAUAUCCUCUUCAGGAGUUUCUGUGCGGCAGUCUGGUGGAGACAACGAUGCUAUAAAACCAAAAACAAUAAUGGAUUUAAAAAAUAUAACUAGCCUUUUGUCGAAUAUACCAUCUUCCACAUCUAUAGAAAUGAAAGAUGUAUCCCAAGCAUCAGAUGUUUCCCAACUUGAUUUGACUGUCACCAAAUCUACAAUUCAAAAUUCUACUUUAGAAAAAACACCAUUAUCAGCAAUCGGUACAAAUGUAUUACAGAGUAAUGUUUCUAUUUUACACGGUUCCUUAUCAGCUACUAGUGGUGGUUCUUGUGACGAAGAAGAUGACUAUUUUGGAAGUAAAAAAAAAAGGCAACAAAAAAGAGGAAUUCUUCCUAAACAGGCUACAAGUGUGAUGCGCUCCUGGCUUUUUCAACAUUUAAUUCAUCCAUAUCCUACAGAAGAUGAAAAAAAAAUUAUUGCAGCACAGACUAAUUUAACAUUGUUGCAAGUAAAUAAUUGGUUUAUCAAUGCACGGAGACGAAUAUUACAACCAAUGCUUGAUGCUUCUACACCUGAUAUUGCUGGUGAACAAAACUUUACUCUCUCUAAAGAUAAGUCUGUAAUUGUUGAUAAUAACAAGUUUUCGUGGCCUGUUGACGAUAUCUUACAAUCUCAAAACGUUAAUGAAAAUUCAAAUGAAUCAAAUUUCGGUGAAAGUGAAGCAGAGGAAGAAGAAGAAGAAGAAGAAGAAGAAAUUAGUGAUAUAUUUUCUCAACAUAGUGUUAAUGAAUCAGAUUAUUCGAUGCUUUUUUGAAUAAUUUUAAAUGUUGUACAUUGUGCACCAUAUAGUAAUCUUUUUAUAUGUGUUGUGUAUAUAUAAAGUAUACGUGCUAUUAUAUUAUAUAAGGACGAGUAUUCGUUUUAUAUGGUGAAAUUAUUAGUAUAAUGUUGGAUUCAUUAAAUAUGUCUUAUACAUUAAACAGAGGUUCCCAAACUUUUCAUGGUUUGACCCAUUAUUGGAAUAUGUUCAAAUUUGGACAGCCUUCAACCUAUAUUAUUGAAAUUAUCGAAAUUAUUUUUCAUUAAUAGUCAACAUUUUUGCAAUUAUAUUUAAACUAAUGUGCUGUAGUGACACAUCACUUUUACACUUGUAAUUGUUGCAAUAAAAUUAAUUUCUAAUAUCAAUAGAUUUAGUUUCAAGAAAAAUAAUCAUAUAUAUUUUAUUUUUAUAUUCAUAUGUUCUAAAAUCGUUGAAUAUGAGAUAUUUUCUGUUGUACAAUCAAUAUAUAAACAUUCCAAAACUUAAUAUAACCCAUCAUUAUUAUARUCAUUUUUGAGUCGUAAUCCACAGUUUGGAAACCUCUGCAUUAGGCAAUGUGAGAUAAUGACUAAACAUUUUUAUAUUAUAACACAAAGCCAUAUUGAUACUUUUUAUAGAUUAUAAAUGUCAUUAAAUGAACCAAUAAAGUGUUUAUAUGAAAUAAGUAAAUGUUCCAAGCCUUUAUAAGUAUUAUAAGUUAUAACUAAUCAAUGACUGUAAAAACAAUUUGUACAAAAGUAAAUGUUAGGUAGAAUAAAAAUUGAUUGAGUUUUAACUAGAAUUUUUACAUUAUUUAAAAAAAUUAUAGAAGUAUUAUAUUACCUA